AAAUUUUUCUCGGGAUGUGAAGCGACCCUCCGCCUGUGCCGUGGUCCGUGAACUAGUGAAAAUUCAGUCGCUCUCGCCUCGCCAAUUUUCUCUCCCUAUCAGGCUCUAAUGGAUCUUAGUAUCGGCUUCUGAUUUUUCCGGUCGUUAAAAGUAUGAUCAGUGGUUAUUCGAAUCAUGUCUGAAGUAGUGCUCUUGCAAAUUUUCAGUGAGCCGUGAAUAAUUGUUCGUGAUAACAGUGUUCUUGUGGUGUUUCCCGGAGCUAAUCCCUGCCCCUGCCUUCAUAUUCUCCUGUGAUCGAGACCAGAAUCAUGGGUAAGUUCCUGUGAAGAUAUUUUUAUCUCCAUCACAUAUUUUAUGUAUCCCAGCAUUGCGAUUCGUGGAUCUCUCUGAAAUUAGGGAUCUAAAAACUGCAGGAUCUCAGGACACGUUUACGGGGAUUCUAAUUGGAUCGGCCCGAAGGAAAAUACUCACCCGCAAGACACAUGGACCCUCUUCAAGGCAUAGUUCCAAAGAAAGAAUCGGGCAUAACAUAUUUGACGGAUCCGCCGGAUAACAUCCCCGAAGUUAGCGACACAGGUACUUUAAAACAUGAAUCAUCAGAAUCGGAUACGAAAUCGGAAUUGGGCGAUGACCGCGGCGAUCUUGCCCCCCAGUCCGUGAAAAGGGAGGACGGAACCACCUCAAGUGAUGGCGUUAACUUACCUGGACAGUUCCAAGACGAUUCUCAGUUAGGUCUUUCCGCUCGCAUUAAAGUCGAAGUGGACGAAAAGUUUACCGACCUCUUGCACACCAGUAUUUAUAUUAAGGAUGAAUACAUUUCGCAAUCCAACCAAUCCGAAGACGGAUGCCCAGUAAGAGGCAGUGCACCCGAUUUCGGAAAUGAAUCUUGUGAAGCAUGUGAAUAUGUUCCACUGUCUGCUUCUGUGGGAGGUGGAAGCGUCAAUGGUCAACCUCCCCACCAAGUGCAAGAUUUCCGCGGAAUAAAACUGGAAUCUGAUGGAGACGCAUGUGACAGCAAAACGUCAAACGAGCAUCAUGUUGAAAGGGCAGUCAUUCCGACCGAUCGAACUAAAAUCCGAAACAAACCAGUCAGUAGCACUCAAAGUUCUUUAUCUCCUCCGAUUGAUAACCUUCCGAAACUGCUUGUGCGGGAGGGUCAUGUCGAGAAACCAUGUCGGAGGGUCAGUUGCACUCAGUGUCUAUCUUUGAAGGAGCAUUUUCGAACCCAUACUGGAGAAAAACCUUUCAGUUGCAGUCUUUGCUCCUCCUCUUUUAGGCGAAAAAAUCAGUUAAAGAUACAUGUGCGAACGCAUACUGGCGAAAAACCUUUCAGUUGCAGUCAUUGCUCUUCCUCUUUUAGUCAAAAAUCGACUUUACAGGCACAUAUCCGAACGCAUACUGGCGAGAAACCUUUCAGUUGCAGUCAUUGCUCUUUCUCUUGUAGUCGGCAAAGUAAUCUAAUCGUACAUAUCCGAACGCACACUGGCGAGAAACCUUUCAGUUGCAGUCAGUGUUCUUCCUUUUUCAGUAACAAAAGAUCUUUGACGAAACAUAUCCGAACGCAUACCGACGAAAAACCUUUCAGUUGCAGUCAUUGCUCUUUCUCCUGUAGUCGGAAAGAUACUUUAAAGCAGCAUAUUCGAAUGCACCAUGGCGAGAAACUUUUCAGUUGCAGUCAGUGUUCUUCCUCUUUCAGUUGUAGAGGAUCUUUGAAGGUACAUAUUCGGACGCACACCGGCGAGAAACCUUUCAGUUGCAGUCAUUGCUCCUCCUCUUUUAGUCGACAAACGAUUUUAAAGGAACAUAUCCGAACGCACACCGGCGAGAAACCUUUCAGUUGCAGUCAUUGCUCUUCCUCUUUUAGUCACAAAUCGACUUUAAGGGCACAUAUCCGAACGCAUACUGGCGAAAAACCUUUCAGUUGCAGUCAGUGUCCUUCCUCUUUUAGUGCGAAACGUCAUCUAAUCGCACAUAUCCGAACGCAUACCGGCGAAAAACUUUUCAGUUGCAGACGUUGCUCUUUCUCUUGUAGUCGGAAAGAUACUUUAAAGCAGCAUAUCCGAACGCACCCUGUCGAGAAACCUUUCAGUUGCAGUCAGUGUUCUUCCUCUUUCAGUCAGUCAGGAACUUUGAAGGAACAUAUUCGGACGCACACCGGCGAGAAACCUUUCAGUUGCAGUCAUUGCUCUUCCUCUUUUAGUCAAAAAUCGACUUUAAAGGUACAUAUCCGAACGCACACCGGCGAGAAACCUUUCAGUUGCAGUCAUUGCGCUUCCUCUUUUAGACACAGACGCUCUUUGAACUUACAUAUUCUGACGCAUAUGGGCUGAAAUCUAUUCAGCAGCAGUAAUGCUCUUCCCAUAUUA